UUUCAGCUAACAACGUCCAACAAUAUGAGCAACACCAUGCAAGGAGCACACUACCCGCAAAUGGCAUUCGAUCCAACAUGGCAAAUGCAUCCAGCGUACGCAACUGCAACUGCUUUUAAUCCAUACAAUGUAUCAUUCGACUUCACACGCUCUCCAAAUACCUCCGGCGGAUCCGAUGAAUCAAUGAGUGAUGGCAGCAAGAUCGACCCAAAACGAUCUCCAAAGUAAGUUUUACCUCGGAAUUCAGAUGGGGAGGGUGCCUUGAAGAAAGGUUACUCAUAGGAACAUUGGGAUGAGAAUGGGAGGAUGGGGGAGGGGGUGUUACAUUAUUUUCAGAUUCUUCAACAACAACAUUGCAAAGACACGUGCCAAUCGACUCUCCAGACGAUCCACGAUCCGCCAAGGAUUACUUUUAGAGUUUCAAAAAACUUGAUAUUUUUUCUUCAGAUAUCUUGAAAAGCGUAUGAAGAAUAAUGAGGCUGCAAAGAAGUCACGAGCCUCCAGAAAACAUCGAGAGCAGAAGAAUCAGACAGAGAAUGAGUUACUCAAAAGGAAAAACGCAGCAUUAGAGGAAGAACUGAAGCAAGCAAAAUGUGAAUUGGCUCAGAUGCAAAUCACGAUCCGAGAUAUGUCUAUCGAACGAGAAGCAUACCGCCGAGAGAACGAAAUGCUGAAAAUGGUGAACAACAAAUUUGCGGACUCAAAAUUCGAACCUCCGCAACCACUUCGUGAUAUGACCAACUGCAACCUGCCAUACAAAUACGAACUUCUCUCUUAAAUUUAUUUCAUUCCCUCUAUUGAGAAAUUUCAUGUAUAUUUUUGUGUCCCAAUUCCCAGUUAAGUAGGUAUCGGUUUUAUGGUCUUCUGAGAGUUGUGGCUAUUCUUAUUUUUGUUUUUUGAAAUUCUUGACAUAUAAAUCUAGGAUAACACCAGGAAAAUGAUGAGAAGGUCUCAAUGGAGAACACCUUCUGAUUCCUGAAUGGGGAUUUUUAGAUAAGUUUACAUAAUAAUAAGGAAUAUUCUUAACCUUACUGUCUAAUACUGCAUGUCUAAUAAAUUGCAUAUAAGUACAAAA